AUGAGCUGCUACUAUGGCAACAACUAUGGUCAGCUGGGCUAUGGCUAUGGUGGCCUAGGCUGUGGCUAUGGUGGCUAUGGCUGUGGCUAUGGCUGUAGCAUGAGCUGCUACUAUGGCAACUACUAUGGUGGGCUGGGCUAUGGCUAUGGUGGCCUAGGCUGUGGCUAUGGCUGUGGCUAUGGUGGCUAUGGCUAUGGUGGCCUAGGCUGUGGCUAUGGUGGCUAUGGUGGCUAUGGUUAUGGAUGUUGCCGCCCACUCUGCUACAGAAGAUGCUGGUCCUAUGGCUUCUACUGA